GGGCCGAUCAACCCGGGACCCCCAACAUCCUGGGAUGGUUGCUGACGGAGACUUCGUCCGUUUUAAGAUCUUGGGGUGGAUAGCUACAUGAAUCCCAAGAACCUCGACCACAACAUCAGCGCAAUACCUCCCAGAGUUACACAGGCAGAUGUGAGAUGCGAGGUCCCCUUCCUUGAGGUGUGAGGGGAGGACGAACAAGAGGAAUAAUAUUAGUGGGCGACGGUUGCACCGACAUCUACUGCGUACUAACUCUUGAGUCUGCUGUGAAGCGCACAACGCACCUGCAGGAGGCUCGGUCUGAUAGGCUGGGAUAGCCCCCGAAAACGGGCGUAAAGUGCGGCACAGCAUUGGAAGGCCGGGCCGGUUGGAGGGUCAAUGCAGCCAUCAUCAGUAAUUGAACAAGUUGGGCGUUCUCCCUUCCAGCCUGCAGGCCCCAAGCACGCCGCAAGCAACUCACUAGGCCCAAAUCGGGCAUAUCCGACGAUCUAUGUGGGAAUAUCAUAUCUCAAGAACAAGGAUGACUGGGUGUCAACAUGUCAACAGUGUAGUACUCUGUAGAGUACUCCGUAGUCAGUGUCAAGGUCCUGCUCGGUGGUUGUUUAACUAAAUUAGUCUCGUCUCCGCCGGGCCGCAACAACCUUGAUCCGCGGUCGCGAGCACAAGCGCUCUCAAAACCAAAACACGUAUCCAACGUCUAUCCAUGUCCGCACAGCGUAACCAUCUCCACGAGCGUCCAGGAUUAUCGCCCCUCUUCCCCUCACUGCUAGCCUUGGUCUACGUUGUUUGCGUGCCCUCCCGAGGCUCCCAUAAACAGUUGGCGGAUGAGUGGCCAUCAAGCUCGUAUCGGUGCUGGGUCUAGGUAAAUGGGCUCCAGCGUCCAGGUCAAUGAAUCCUUCUCAGGCCGCAUUUACUCGAACCGUCUGUGGCUACAUGUGUAUUCGGCCAAAAAGAAGCCAUGUAACCAUGGAUGGAAGUCUACUGUGUAGUGUGGCUGGAUUUAAAAUCGUGUGCGACAUCAACAUCACCAUUCCCCGAGAGAGCUGGCUUUUUUUGAACGUGGGUCUGGUCUAGGAUCAGCGUGUCCGAGCUUUGCACCUCAACAAUAUCUUCCAUGACAGCCUUCCGAACACAUUUUCAGCCUUAACCCCUUUUAGCGCUUCUAUCAGCUAACCCAAAUCUGAUUUGAGAUACUUUGAGAGCCCGUCGGAGCUACAUAGGCUCCAUGACUAAAAUGAUAUGCAUUUUCAGUUUCCCGGUGGGAGGCGGAGAACAUCCCAUCUUGUUCCUCCCCACGUCCAUUCUUGGUGCGCCACGCUGCAGCUAAAAUCAAGGCGCACCUCUAGCUGCAGGCCGUGCUCUGGCUCGAUAUGUGCUUGACGAGAGCCCCUCCUGGGUUUCUCACCAGAACGAAAUUGUGCUGUACCUCCGUACCACUGCUGCCCAAAAGUUGUGGCCCCCCUGUCCGUGCUUCGCUGCUACAUCCGCGACUUAAGUCACUCUUACUGGUCUUGUUUACUAUGCCUUCUAAUUGAAUAGAGACAUCAGCUUAAACACGCUUCCUAACAGGAACCUUUUUAAAAAGGCCUAUCAUUGGAUAGUCCGUGCAGCGAGACAAAAUCAUUCUUGGCUGAUCAACAAAUGGCGGAAAGCCAGGCUCGCCCAUUUCAGGCCUGCCCAGCGUAGGUACCAGACGGGGAUCAUUGAAAGCUUAGGGCAAAUUUAGCCGCCUUGGCGAAUGCGGGACGUCGCCUAUUUUUGAGCCCCAAAUGACCCUCCCUCAAACCCGCCUAGAGAGCUCUCACAUUGUCAGCUUCCAUUCGAGAUGCAGUGAAGCUAAUGCAGCUUGAAUUUUCAGUUCAAUUGAGAAAAAAUAAAUUAAAUAAAUAAAAAAUAAAUAAAUUGAAAAAUCAAGAAGCCGCUCUUCCCCUUUCCCGUCUCAUGCUAUCAAUUUGUUGCUACUCCCCUUUCUUCCCCUAUUCAUGUCACUUUCGAAAGUAUAACAACAUCUACUCAUCCGAUCUUCCUCCCAUUUUCUUUCUCACUCUUGCUAUUUGUCUUGAAGAUAAAUUUGCCUUUUCGCCGGGCCUGUUCUUCUGUUCACGGGCAACAGCAGGGUGGUCGGCCAUUCAACCUCCUUCGCGUACUUGGGCGCUCCCCAUAGGUCUUCAUCAUGGCAUUACUCCUGCUUGCUUUGACCUGGGCCUCCAUGUGCGUACUACCGGGAAAUGCUCAGAAUGAUAACAUCGGGGUCAAGGUAGGGGUCAAUAUAGGGAACCAACCCUCAGCAGCUGCUGGCGGGAAGUCAGGCCGUCCUGCCUUAAUAGACAUUGAUGCAGCGAUACUUAUCUCAUGGUGCAAUCAUCAUCAUACACGGACCUGCCGCCGUCCCGGCUAUCCAGUUACUGUAACCGUCACCGAGACAAAGAAUCACACCAUCACAGUCUCUUCAACAGAAACUACAGUAACCACCGUCCCAACUACUACCACUGAAACUACCGUCACCACCGUCCCUACAACUACAACUGAGACCACUAUAACAACCACGACUGCUCCUGGCGAGACUAUAAGUAUAACUUUACCAGGCAGUUGUUCUACAGACACAGUGACACAGACUGCAACUUAUGCCGUCUCUCUCUGUCCAUCCCGCACAGUUAACCCCACCUUUACACCUACUGUUCCUGUUCCUACCGAUUAUAUCUGGGGCUGUCCUCCCGGUAAGUUAUGCAUCCCAAAUCGCAAUGAAGCGGAUGGAGACUGCAACUUCGAGGUUGGGCUUCCUUCACCCGAAUUCUUCUGCAGUCCAGAGGAGUGCCAUGACCCCCCUCCUCUUGAACCCUUCCAAGACGACUGGGAUCCUGAUUCAUCGGACAAAAUUAUCGUCUCACCACACUAUUACUACCUUAAUCCUCGACUAUUUGGACUGGACUAUGAUAUCUUCGAGUUCAGGAAUUCCACCCCGGAGGAGCCAUAUCCAACAUCCUACCCAGCCCAAUCUCCAACCCAGUACCCGCCACAAUAUCCAACUCAGAACCCGACCCAGUAUACUACAGCAGAGUAUACUACAGCAGGGUAUCCAACAGGGUAUGCGACAAAAUACGCGACAAAAUAUUCGACCCUGCAGCGAAGACAAACUGGCAAUACGUUGCCUCGCGCCUGCUAUUUUCAGUGCCAAGCUAGCGGCUUAGAAGCCGAAAAUAGCUUGCUUGCAGCCGUCAUCUGCGUCGAGAACUCGGCAUUUAAGGCACGUCUAGAAGCAUGCCAUCGGUGCAUUGCUAUCCAAGCCAAUACAAAGGAUCCUGAAAAAGAGCUACGAGAGAAAGCUCCGAACUUCGUGAGCAUAUUAGAUAUCUGUGAAGCGCCGCCAGGUGAAACAUCCCCACCCCCGGCGCAAAGCACUACUACUCCUACCUCAACACCGGACCCAUCCCCCACAGAAACUCCUACAGAAACGCCUACAGAAACUCCUACAGAAACUCCUACAGAAACGCCUACAGAAACGCCUACAGAAACGCCUACAGAAACGCCUACAGAAACGCCUACAGAAACGCCUACAGAAACGCCUACAGAAACGCCUACAGAAACGCCUACAGAAUCUCCUACAGAAUCUCCCACAGAACCUCCCACAGAACCUCCCACAGAACCUCCCACAGAACCUCCCACAGAACCUCCCACAGAACCUCCCACAGAACCUCCCACAACUCCGCCCUCAAAUGACCCAUCCGACACUGUCAGUCCUACCGAUGUCCCGUCGGAAACCACACCGCCGACGGAAACUGGGGCUGGAACUACUCCAACUGCCACCACAGAUCCACCAAGUGAAAUUCCUCCGGUAUCAAAUAGUCCCACACAAUCAAGUCGAGGUGGAGACGAAAUGUCACCAACUGAAUCGGGUCCAACUGGAGGGAGCCCUAGCGAUUCCCCCCCGAUUGACUUCCCAAGUAGCGCAAACUCUAUCCUCAUUCCAUCAUCAAAAUACUUUUUCAGCGCUGCUGCAAUGGCUGCAGCAGCGUUUACCCUGCUUUGAGACCUGCCCUCAAGCAAGAGUAUUUAAUUGUGUCUCUCACUGUUUUUUUCUUCGCUCCUUGACAAGUAUAUAUCCCGAAAAACACGGUUAUGUUGCAAGGAAAGUAAUUUGCUUUUUAAUCCUUUAUUUCAGCUUUUGCGGGCCCCUAUGAUACCAUAUUAUGUAGCUAAUAUUUUGCUAUGGCUCCUUUGGAUUCCUUUCAACUGGUUGCCAUACUCUCUCAGUUUUGUUUAUAAGCCUGGUCCCCAUCCUUCCCCGUUCUAUGCAGAUCUCUACAGAUAUAUUCCCCUUGGUAAUCAUACAAUAUUAAUAUAGUUAAUUUAAAUUUUAAUUCAGGCAUUUGUACGCCCUUUUUCUUUUUUCCUUUUUUUUUUCUAUUUCUUUUUUUAUUUUAUUUUAUUUACAAUACUCAUUAUAUAGAACACACAUCAAUUAUUACAGCAGCCUAUAGUGACAUUU